AUGGACCUCGGCAAGGCCCACGGCAACCGACUGCACCAGAUCCCAGCCGUCCCCCGGCUCUGCCCUCCCCGCGGCCCCUUGCGGAGGAGCCUCUUGCUCAACAGAAGGGAUUCAAUAAAAUAUAGGUGCCUGGAAGCCCUGGUGGUCUUCUGCCGGUCGGGAAAGGAGGAGGAGCCCUACGUGACCAUCACGCGCAAGCGGCGCCUGCGGAAGGGCUAUGAGGUGGAGCUGGAGCAGGAGGUGGGCCACUCGGCGCGCCGGCUGGCCACGCACCGCAAUGCCUUCAAGCGCAUGGCCGUCAUCCAGGCCUUCCUGGGCUCCACGCCGCAGCUCACGCUGCAGCUCUACAUCAGCGUCCUGGAGAAGCACGUGCCCCCGGCCCGAGCCGUCCUCAUGGGCAUCUGCCUGGUGUCGGUCACCUACGGGGCGCUCAUCUGCAACGUCCUGGCCAUUCAGAUCAAGUACGAUGACUACAAAGUGCAGCUGCGGCCGCUGGCCUUUCUCUGCAUCGUGCUGUGGCGCAGCCUGGAGAUCUCCACCCGCGUGGCCGUCCUCGUGCUCUUUGGCACCGUCUUCAAGCACUGGAUCAUCCUCAUCGCCCUGGCCAACCUGCUCGUGGUCUUCUUCCUGCCCUGGGUGCAGUUCUGGCGCAGCGGCACGCGGCUGCCUGACAACAUUGAGAAGAACUUCAGCCGCGUGGGCACCGUGGUGGUGCUCUGCGCCUUCACCCUGCUCUACGCUGGCAUCAACAUGUUCUGCUGGUCGGCCGUGCAGCUCAAGCUGGCCGACCGGGACCUCAUCGACAAGUCGCAGAACUGGGGCCGCCUGGCCGUGUACUACGUGGCCAGGCUGCUGGAGAACACGGCACUCGUCGUGCUCUGGUACUUCUUCAAGACAGAUGUCUACGAGAACAUUUGCACGCCACUGCUCGUGGUGCAACUGCUGCUCGGCUACUGCCUGGGCAUCUACUUCAUGCUGCUCUUCUUCCAGUACCUGCACCCCUGCCGCCAGCUCUUCCACCACAACGUCGCCGACUUCCUGCGCUGCGUGUGCUGCCGGCGGCGCGUGCCGGCCCAGCCGCUGCUCCUCGAGGCUCCGUGCGAGCCCGGGGUGAGGCACAGCAUCGUCUGA